AGUACUACAGAGCCACACUGGGGUGUCAGCGCGCGUCGCACACGGUUGGGAACCGGGAGAAAUCACAAGUGCACGGGGUGGAAGCUGACAAGAUCUGAUACGGCGUCGAUUGCAAAGACAGCACGGACUCUGGCUAAUUCCUUCAGUUGGCAUUAAACUCCCAGCCCUGUUAAAGGACCCCACUGUUGGGCUCUCCUCUGCUCUCCCGCCCGCCAAACCCAAAUCACGACAAGCCACUGCGUGUACCUAAAGGGACAAGAGGGUUUGUUUGGUGUUUAUGGGGUUUUCAGCUGGAUUAUCACUUCCAACAAAUACACACAAGUGGGCAGCCGCCGGAGUCAAAUCAAGGGAUUACAAUUGUUUGUAAAGCUCUUGGUUGAGCUUGCAACGUCUUCUUCCCCGAGCCGCAGAGAGCAAAGUGCUGAUAAAUCUACCCCACCUGGACUUUGGACCCGAGGAGCUUCUCGGUAAAGUGCACAAGCGGCACCGACGAGAUCUAGGGAGACCGAAUUCGUACUUGAGCAGCUGAGAGGGAAACAAAAAAUCCUGAGAACAUGCCUCUUGCUCAGAUCGCAGAGCCAUGGCCCACUAUGGAACUAUUGCAGCUGGAAACGGAGAAUGGGCAGAGCAUUGCUGAGGAUGGAGUCACACCUGCUGUCAAGGAAGAUGGAGAUAUCAAGGAGAUCAACAUUACCCAUGUGGUCAAGGAGGGCUCAGAGAAGGCUGAUGCCUCUCAGUUUGAACUGCUCAAAGUGUUGGGACAGGGAUCCUUUGGCAAGGUGUUCCUGGUGCGAAAGGUAACCCAUCCCGAUGCCAACCAGCUCUAUGCCAUGAAGGUCCUCAAGAAGGCCACACUCAAAGUGAGAGACCGUGUGAGAACCAAGAUGGAGAGAGACAUCCUGGCAGACGUCAACCACCCAUUUGUUGUCAAACUGCACUAUGCAUUCCAGACUGAAGGGAAGUUGUACUUGAUCCUGGACUUUCUCAGAGGAGGUGAUCUCUUCACUCGACUCUCCAAAGAGGUGAUGUUCACAGAGGAGGAUGUGAAGUUUUAUCUAGCAGAGCUGGCAUUAGGACUGGACCACCUCCAUGGCCUGGGCAUCAUUUACAGGGACCUCAAACCUGAAAACAUUCUCCUAGAUGAGGAGGGACAUAUCAAACUUACAGAUUUUGGCUUGUGUAAAGAAGCCAUUGAUCAUGAGAAGAAAGCGUAUUCCUUCUGUGGUACUGUGGAGUACAUGGCACCGGAGGUUGUGAACAGGCAGGGACACGACCACAGUGCCGACUGGUGGUCAUUUGGAGUACUAAUGUUUGAAAUGUUGACCGGAUCGCUGCCAUUUCAAGGGAAGGACCGCAAAGAAACGAUGAACCUGAUUCUGAAGGCGCGUCUGGGAAUGCCUCAGUUCCUGAGUGCGGAGGCCCAGUCUAUGCUCAGGGCCUUGUUCAAGAGGAACCCUGCCAACAGACUGGGAUCUGGUGCUGAUGGUGCAGAAGAGCUCAAACGGCAUGGUUUCUUCUCCACCAUAGACUGGAAUAAACUCUUCAGAAGAGAAUUAAAACCUCCGUUCAAACCAGCGGUGGCGCGUCCGGACGACACCUUCUACUUUGACUCUGAGUUCACCUCUCGCACCCCUAAAGAUUCCCCCGGCGUGCCCCCCAGUGCCGGAGCUCACCAGCUCUUCCGAGGCUUUAGCUUUAUUGCGUCGACUCUGUUGGAGAAGGAAGGUUCAGUGGAGCAAGCCAAGGCCCCUCCGCACCCAGUAGUCCAGCAAUUACACGGGAAGAACCUGCUGUUCAGCGACGGCUACAUAUUAAAGGAAGACAUCGGCAUGGGCUCCUUCUCUGUCUGUAAACGAUGUAUCCACAAAGCCACCAACACAGAAUACGCUGUCAAGAUGAUUGAUAAGACCAGUACAGACCCCUCUGAGGAGAUUGAGAUUCUGCUUAGAUAUGGACAGCACCCCAACAUCAUCACACUGAAGGAUGUGUACGACAACGGUAAGCAGGUGUUCAUGGUGACGGAGCUGAUGCGUGGAGGAGAGCUGCUGGAUCGGAUCCUCAAACAGAAGUUCUUUUCGGAGAGAGAGGCCAGCGCUGUGCUUUAUACCAUCACCAAGACUGUAGAGUACCUGCACUCACAGGGGGUGGUGCACAGAGACCUGAAGCCCAGCAACAUCCUCUAUGUUGACGAGUCGGGGAAUCCAGAGUCUAUCAGGAUCUGUGACUUUGGCUUCGCUAAGCAAUUGCGUGCCAACAACGGCCUGCUGAUGACCCCGUGCUACACGGCUAACUUUGUAGCUCCUGAGGUGUUGAAGCGUCAGGGCUAUGAUGAAGGGUGUGACAUCUGGAGUCUGGGAGUCUUACUGUACACCAUGAUGGCCGGUUUUACUCCAUUUGCUAACGGACCUGAGGACACACCAAAUGAGAUCCUGAACAGGAUAGGCAACGGUCACUUCAGUCUGACUGGAGGCAACUGGGACACUGUGUCCGAGGCGGCCAAGGACCUUGUGUCCAAGAUGCUUCAUGUGGACCCCCAUCAGAGACUGACUGCUAAGCAGGUCCUCAAACAUCCCUGGAUUGUUCAGAGAGACAAACUACCCAACAGCCAGCUCCCACACCAGGACCCCAAACUGGUCAAGGGUGCGAUGGCAGCCACCUACUCUGCCCUGAAGAACUCCCAACCAACUCCAGAGCUCAAGCCCAUCGAGAGCUCCUUCCUAGCUCAGAGGCGCGUUAAAAAGCUUCCCUCCACCUCCCUGUAGAGACUCAAAUCCACCAAUUGGCUCACUGGAGACUGACCACAACUGCACCUCUUGACUCCAACCACCCAGUUAGCACGGGGACUCAAGUGUCCACUCGCCUCUACCAGCCAAGGAUCGCUGACUGUGGUCCAUUGUCCUGCUCCUGCUAUCAUCCUCCUUGUUCGGGCUCUUCAGCUGCUGUUUGCCAGUCUCCUUGGACUAGCAAAAGAUCGUGAAGAUAGAUGGGGGCGAUGAGGG